AUGUGGUAUUUGUGCGUUUUCUACCAUAGAUUGCUGGACUACAGGAAACCUGAGGUUGAAUCUCUGGCUGAACUCUUUGGUGCCUUUAAAGAAGACCCGGAAAACAAAUCACUUGAAUGGAGGCUUCCGGAGAAUCACCACCCUGAUUCUCCUUUCCAUUUUGUUAAUCUUCCCUCUGAAGAAAUUGCUCGCAAUGUAGCCAAUCGAAGCAUUCUUGUAAAAGGGAUUUAUGAACUCUGGGGAGAAGGAGGUAGCUUUGAGGAGCUGGAAGAGGCUAUUAGAAGCUAUCCUGAUGAAAGAAAGUUGCCUUACCUUACACCUGAAAGUACGUUUCGAAUUACAGUAGACAGUUUUGGGAAAGUUAUUAGCUUUGAAAAACAAAAGGAGCGUAUUCAACAGCUCUCUUACAUUCCCUUUCAGGGUCGAGUCAAUUUACGAGAACCUGAUCACAAAUUCUGGCUCAUGGAAACUGAUAAUUAUGAAUCUAACAAUGGGCUUCCCCCCAUUGUUCAAAGACGAAUAUUUUUUGGUCGGGAGAUUGGGGCUGCUGAUAGGAAGCUUUUGCCUACCUACCAAUUAAAAAGCCGUACAUAUCUAGGUCCCACAGCCAUGGACGCAGAAAUGGCUUUCCUGAUGGCCAAUCAAGCUCAGGUUAAACCUGGUAAACUUGUGUAUGACCCAUUUGUUGGCACCGGAAGCAUACUGGUUGCAGCUGCUCAUUUUGGUGCAAUGACAAUGGGUGCAGAUAUUGAUAUACGUGUAGUGCGUGAUGGCCGUGGUCCUGAUUGCAAUGUCUGGAGCAAUUUUAAACAGUAUGGAUUACCAAUGCCAAUUUCUCUGUUAAGGGCUGACAACAAUCUUCCUCCAUGGCGUCCUGGAUUAAAAGAGAUCUUUGAUGCCAUAAUAUGUGACCCUCCUUAUGGGGUCCGUGCUGGAGGGCGUAAAUCUGGUGGUCGUAAACUUUUAAAAGGAGUUGUUGGUCCUUAUGCAGUCCCAGAUGACAAAAGGACAGACCACAUACCAUCAACUGCACCAUACAGCUUAGUGGAGUGUGUGCAUGAUUUGCUUGAUCUUGCCGCUAAGAUGCUUGUUACUGGAGGAAGGCUUGUGUAUUUCUAUCCUGUACUGAGAGACGAAGAAUCCACUGAUAUCAAUUUUCCUGAGCAUCCGUGUUUCAAAUUGGUUGCAACCUGUGAACAGAUCCUUAGCUUCAGGUACAGUCGUGUAUUACUGACCAUGGUGAAGAUCGCGCCAUACACAGAAGAGAUUGCAGAGGCAGCUAGGAUUAAACAUUUGGAGUUCAGGGUAAACCAUCUCAAGUGGUUGGAAGAUGGAAAUCUGCGUUCAGCUGUUUUUAGUCCCAUUGACACUCAUAGUAACGAUUCAGGUGAUACAAAAUCCAGUAAACUGAAAUACAGAGGCAAGUAUGUAUAG